CCCAGCAAAUGCGGCUUCAAUUCUAUCUUCCAAUUCAGCCCACGCUUCGUCUUUUCAUUGGACUUUUUUUUUUUUUUUUCAUUUUUUUGUUAAUUUAAUUCUUCCACUUUCAAAUUACCACUUCCCUUAGUGGCAAAAACGGUUCAUUCAAUUUCUUCUACUGUGUCUCCCUCUAUAAGACACGUAGAGAGAGAAGAUCAGAGCAUUGCUUCUCUUUUUCUUUUUCAUUUUUAUUGGAUUUCUUCACUUGGGUUUUGAUUUUUGCGAUUGAAGUAGUUUGAUAUUCCUAUUUUGGUGGUUGUUGAGCUCUAAUGGCGCUCUGUACGCUAACUUUUCCUGCUCAUGUUAGCCGAGUUGCUGCAAAAGAGCACGAUGGUUCUAGUGCUGUUUCUUCUCGGUUUUCAAGGGGAACGGAUCUGGUCUUCCGAUUUCAGAAAAGGGUCAAUCAGGUCAAGAAAAGGCCAGGUGGGAUCUGUGCAUCACUUUCAGAGAUGGGGGAGUAUCCUUCACAAAGGCCACCAACUCCUCUUUUGGACACAAUAAACUAUCCAAUUCAUAUGAAAAAUCUAUCCAUCAAGGAGCUUUAUCAACUAGCUGAUGAAGUGAGAUCGGAUGUCAUCUUCAACGUUUCUAAAACUGGUGGUCAUUUGGGUUCCAGCCUUGGCGUGGUGGAGCUCACGGUGGCUCUUCACUAUGUCUUCAAUGCCCCACAGGACAGAAUUCUGUGGGAUGUUGGCCAUCAGUCUUAUCCACACAAAAUUCUAACUGGAAGGAGGGAUAAGAUGUCUACUAUUAGACAGACAAACGGGUUGUCGGGAUUUACGAAACGCUCAGAGAGUGAGUUUGAUAGCUUUGGCGCAGGGCACAGCUCUACCACCAUCUCAGCAGGCUUAGGAAUGGCUGUGGGAAGGGAUCUUAAGGGAAGAAAGAAUAAUGUGGUUGCAGUUAUAGGUGAUGGUGCCAUGACUGCUGGGCAAGCUUAUGAAGCCAUGAACAAUGCCGGGUACCUUGACUCGGACAUGAUUGUUAUUCUUAAUGACAACAAACAAGUCUCUUUACCAACUGCAACUCUCGACGGGCCCGUACCACCUGUGGGAGCUUUGAGUAGUGCUCUCAGCAGGCUGCAGUCAAACAGGCCUCUCAGAGAAUUGAGAGAGGUAGCCAAGGGCGUCACAAAACAAAUUGGCGGUCCUAUGCAUGAGUUGGCUGCAAAAGUUGAUGAAUAUGCUCGUGGGAUGAUUAGUGGCUCUGGAUCAACGUUAUUUGAGGAGCUCGGGCUCUAUUAUAUCGGCCCUGUUGAUGGUCAUAACGUGGAUGAUCUUGUCUCUAUUCUUAAGGAAGUUAAGAGUACAAAAACCACUGGUCCAGUCCUUAUCCAUGUUGUCACUGAGAAAGGAAGAGGUUAUCCAUAUGCUGAAAAAGCUGCUGACAAAUACCAUGGAGUCACAAAGUUUGAUCCUGCUACUGGGAAACAACAGAAAUCCAAGGCUCCAACACAGUCUUAUACGACCUACUUCGCAGAGGCAUUGAUUGCAGAAGCUGAAAAGGACAAAGAUAUUAUUGCAAUCCAUGCUGCAAUGGGAGGAGGCACAGGCUUAAAUCUCUUUCAAAGACGUUUUCCGACAAGAUGCUUUGAUGUCGGCAUAGCUGAACAGCAUGCUGUUACAUUUGCUGCUGGUCUGGCUUGUGAAGGCCUUAAACCAUUUUGUGCGAUCUAUUCAUCGUUCAUGCAAAGGGCGUAUGACCAGGUAGUUCAUGAUGUGGAUUUGCAGAAGUUGCCCGUGAGAUUUGCAAUGGAUAGAGCAGGCUUAGUUGGAGCAGAUGGGCCGACUCAUUGUGGUUCUUUUGAUGUUACGUUUAUGGCAUGCCUGCCUAACAUGGUGGUCAUGGCUCCGUCUGAUGAGGCCGAACUCUUUCACAUGGUUGCUACAGCUGCAGCCAUAGAUGACCGACCCAGUUGUUUCCGGUAUCCACGAGGUAACGGUAUCGGUGUAGAGCUGCCACCAGGGAAUAAAGGCAUUCCUAUUGAGGUUGGGAAAGGGAGGAUUCUACUUGAAGGGGAAAGAGUUGCCCUGUUGGGCUAUGGAACGGCAGUUCAAAACUGUUUGGCUGCUGCAUCUAUGGUCGAACGCCAUGGCUUACGAAUAACAGUUGCAGAUGGACGUUUCUGCAAGCCACUCGACCGAGCCCUCAUCCGCAGUCUAGCUAAAUCACACGAAAUUUUAAUCACAGUGGAAGAAGGAUCGAUUGGGGGAUUUGGGUCUCAUGUCAUCCAGUUUCUGGCUCUUGAUGGCCUUCUUGACGGCACCUUGAAGUGGAGACCGCUAGUUCUUCCCGACCGAUACAUUGACCACGGAUCGCCAGCAGACCAACUGGCCGAAGCAGGUCUUACUCCAUCUCAUAUUGCUGCUACAGUAUUCAAUAUGCUAGGACAAACCAGGGAAGCUCUGGAGAUCAUGUCGUAGAAGAUAAUUUACAACUCAUAGCGUUCCCACUUCAAUGUAAUGUACAAAUUUGAGAAUCACGUAUCUAGUUCGGUCAUAUUUGCGUAUACUUAUAACUAUACAUUAUCAGUCUAGGGCUGUAUAAACAAUUCCUUAUACGAGGCUACAAAGCAUAUGCUUUGAUGCAA